ACUCUUGCCCUUCUGCGUGUGUGUGUGCCACUAGUCUCUGUGUCUUUUCGGGCAGAGAAUAGAAAAGUUGGGGCAAAGUCUGAGUCAGCUCCAGCAGCUACCAGACACUCACAGCAACUCCCAUCCACAGUGACAGGUUUCUUCUCUCUCUCUCUCUCUCUCUCUCUCUCUCUCUCUCUGUGUCUCUCUCUCCUUUUUUUUUUACUGCUCUCUCAUUCACUCACUCUCUCCCUCUUUCACACACACACACACACACACUCACACCACCCGUCACUCCUGGCAGAGGGAAGACAGGACCACAGGAGAACUGUUACACACCUUUACUCCCAGCUUACUCACCCAGACACCGCCAGACGCUUUGCCCAGGAUGUGGACGCUUCUCUUGGGGGUCACCUUUGGAUUACUGGCCUCCUCCAGGUCGGAACAACUUCAAGUGAAUUCCCGCAGUUGCAGUUAUGCCGGGGUCUUUAUGGCUGAGGGAGCAGGCCGUCACUCCCUGAACUCUGACAUGGCUCAAAAGGUGUGUGAGCAGCUGGAGAGCGUCUUGGCGAGUCAUGAUCAAGUCCAGGUGGCCUAUGAUAAGAACAUGCAAACAUGCAGGUACGGCUGGAUCAGCAAUACGAGCAUCGCCAUCCUCAGACACACAGAGCAUGAAAACUGCGCCAAGAACAUGACUGGCCUCAUUGUUCAGUCACAUGUAGACCCUAGCGAACUCUUCGAUGUCUACUGCUACGAUGAUAAAGCUGGGCCUGAGGAGAACUGUACGAAAAAAUUUGAAAUAAGGGGAGACGUAGCCGCAGAUGAAGCAGCCCCUACAACAGCAGAGGAUCAGGAGGAAACCACUCCAAAAACCCGGCCUGAGGAUGCCUCUGGUAGUGAGGGAAGUGACCCCACAGCAUAUCAUGAAGAUAUGAUGGAAACCACCCCGUCGGCCACCACUGUUGCCAUAGAGCGGAGUGUGGAUGAGCCGGAGGCUUCCACGGAGGGCCCCGGUGUAGAGGAAAACCCCUCUGGAGGGAGUGAGAAUGGCAGCGUGGGAUCCACUUUCACUCCUGGAGAGUUAGAUCAGUCCACUGGAUCUGGGAUGCAACCACAUGAGGAAGAAGGACCCGCCCCUACAACGACCCCUGUUGGAGAGCCAGAGGAAACACAGCCUCCCAGUGAAAUGGAGCCAGAGGAAGGGAAAAAAGAGCCUGACGGAGAGACUGCCAGAACAGAGCCCCCACGGAAGAAUGAUCGGGGACAGGUCCUGGCUCCUGAGCCUGAACAACAGGACAACAGCGGUUCAUCCAACUGGCUGGUAAUCUUUUUAGUGAUCGUGGCAGUCGCUGCUAUUCUUCUCGUGUGCUUAGCUGUUGCCAAAAGAAAGAGCUGGUGUGGCAAACAGCAGACCCUGAUGAUCACAGCCAAAGACGGUGGUGAAGGCAACGGUGCUGCAGCAUCAGCAUCCAGCUCCCACGCCCAUGAGAGGGAGCAGGAAAUGGUGACCCUCAUGAACAAGGAGAAGAUCCAGGAGAAUGGCAACACAGAGGAGUUCACCGUCAUCACGCUAGAGGAGUCGCCAGAUAAAGAGCAGCUGGCGUGAGAGAGGAUGGUAGUAGAGCCAGGCAGGAGAGAGUAGGUGAGGAUAGGGAGGGAUGGAAUCAGGAGAUGGUUGGGAUGGCUUGGGGCUCCAAACACUGGGGGGUAAAAACUGCUUUGGUGGUCAGCACUGGAUGGACACUGAGUAAGGGUGGGUGUUAUUAAGAGAGAUUGUCCUACUGAGGUACAAAUACUGUACUGGGUCUGAAGCUGUCGCCUCUCAGUGGGACCAGCGUGUGCAGCAUUUUGUUUGUGUGGUAUGCGAGGUUAGCUAGGACUGAAUGGCGGUCAAAGAGUGUCAUGCACGGUGGGGUGUCAUGCAGGGUGUGUGAAUGUGUGUUGUGUCUUUGUGUUUGUGAGCUGUACACCUUGUCAGGCUGGAUAGACAUGAGUUUUAAAGGGAGGGGGUGGCGAGGGUCUAAUUUGUAAAGAACACAUUGAUGCAGAUUAUUCUCUUUUUUAUAGUAUUGGUGGAUCCUAAAUUAAAGGGCCAUUCAGCCUAAAUGGGAAAUAAUGAAUCAAUGAUGAGAACUGGGUUAUUUUAUUUGAGAUAUACUGCAGAUAGAAAAAAAUAAUUUUGAACAAAACAACCCUUGAUGUUUCCCACAUGUUUCAUUUAUUUGUUUGUUUGCUUACUGUUGUAACCUUGUGUAUAUUUCCGACAUUGCCUGUGGACUGGAGAUUUUUUUUUUUUUCAAGACAACUGUCACUACCUUAAUUUAUGCAGCUUUGAUUCCCAUUUUCUCGGUCUCUGUAUAUAAAGUAUAUGUUUUGGAAAUGCCUUAGCAAUAGCUUCCAGUGCUUUUUGUUGUUUGGUAGGAAGGGGCUUUGUAUCCCUUUUUAAAAUAAAGGAAUGUGUCAUUUU